CUAACAGCAUGCUGUCUCUGAAUAGGCGUAGUUCCCGUAGGACACCAGCACCACGCAGGCAAGCUGACUGGCGUAGCGAUGAGCUCCGAUGGAGAAAUAGUUUGCGCCAUGGCUUUCGUGCUGGCAUGCUUGGCUGCCAUGCCACCUGCAUCCGCAGCCUCGGGAGACGGAGGGCUACUGCAUAUCGCUUCGGCCGCCUCACUAGCUCACUGCCCCUCUAGCUGCGGCGACGUCGACAUCUCCUACCCCUUCGGCAUAGGGGCCGGCUGCUUCCGGCAAGGCUUCGAGCUUACCUGCAACCACGCCACUCAGCCUCCAGAGCUGUUUUUGGGCAACAGCACAACUCAGAUUACUUCCAUGUAUGGUAGUCGUUUCGUUGAGGCCCCUAUGUUCUUCAACGUUACCUCGGGAUCAGGUACGAACAACUACAAUAUAUCCUGGAACACCCCGGCUAAGGGUAUAACUAUCUCCGGCCAAUUUAACACUUUCUACGCCGUUGGCUGUGAUUUCGAUGUCAAGUUGUUCGAUAAUGUGGGAAACCCCAUCGGCUCCUGCAUGAGUAGGUGCCGCGGCGAGGUACUCCCGAAUCAAAGAUCUUGUAAUAAUAUCGGUUGCUGUUUUAUCAGUUUAGAACAGGACAUCUCAGGUUUUCAUGCAACAAUUGUUCGGGAUGGUAUGGCAGCACGAUCAGAUUCUGUGCACCCUGGCAUAAUCGCUUCCAUGGGCAAAAGUGAUGCGUCGAACUAUGCUUUAUUACCAUGGACAAAUGCAAGGAAGCUUCCUGGUUUGCUUGAGUUUGCCAUCAUGGACCAACCAAGCUGCGAAAGAGCGCAAACGAAUAAGGCAAGUUAUGCUUGUGCCACCAACAGCGAUUGUGCAAUCGCGUCAUAUGGAGGUUACACCUGUUACUGCAAUAAUAACGGCCAAUUCAAUCCUUACCUUUCGGAAGGAUGCACAGAUUACAACCCCGAGCCUAAAGAACAAUGCUUGAGGUCAUGUGGAAAUAUGAGCAUUCCCUUCCCUUUCGGGCUCGAAGACGGUUGUUUUGGAAACGAAAGGUUCCAACUUAAUUGUACAGCAGGUAACACGCUUUUCAGCGCAGGAGCUGGACAAUAUCGCGUUAUUAGUGUGUCAGUAGAAGAUGGGACUCUGACUGUCAGCAACGUGCUAAACAAUGCAAGCUCCGGGAAAGAAGUGGUAGUAGCUAAUGUCGAACAAGUUGGAGCAUCUUACCUAGUGGGUAGUCCUGUAGAAGAUGCAUUUGAUUUUUCUAUGGAAUAUGAUAUUGUUAUAAGAUGGGCAAUAACCAACUCGACUUGUCACAAAGCUAAGCAGAGUAUCACCAGCUACGCAUGUCGCAGCGUAUACAGUUCUUGCCAUGACGUAACCCAUGGUGUAAUCUUUAUGGGAUAUCGUUGCAAUUGUUCUUCUGGUUACAAAGGAAACCCAUACAUACUGGAUGGUUGCCAAGAUAUCAAUGAAUGCUUAGCGCCAAACUCUUGCAAUGGUAUAUGUCAAAACACUCCUGGAAGUUAUAAAUGCACACCAUGCCCUCAUGGUAAGGAGUUUGAUUCAACAAAGAGUCGGUGUGCUAUAUCAACGAAGCAACGGAAUCUUCUUCUGGGUACUGCAGUUGGAACUGGUUGUGGCCUUGGCUCCAUAGUUAUUGCAUUAGGUGUAAUUGUACUCGCCAAUAAGUGGAAAAAAGGCAUCCAAAAGAGAAUUCGACGGGCAUACUUCAAGAAAAAUCAAGGUCUGUUAUUGGAGCAACUGAUCUCAGAUGAAAAUGCUACAAGCAAAACAAAAAUAUUCUCAUUGGAGGAACUAGACAAGGCGACCAACAACUUUGAUGCUACUCGUGUUCUUGGUCGUGGAGGACAUGGCACAGUUUAUAAAGGGAUUCUAUCUGACCAACGUGUGGUGGCCAUAAAAAAAUCCAAAAUAGUGGAACAAAUGGAGAUAGAUCAAUUUAUAAAUGAGGUUGCUAUUUUGUCUCAAAUCAUCCAUCGCAAUGUGGUGAAACUGUUUGGUUGCUGCCUAGAAGAUGAGGUGCCCUUGCUUGUCUAUGAGUUCAUUUCAAACGGCACGCUACACGAACUUCUUCACAUGGAUACUACAGUUAAAUGCUUGCUAUCAUGGGAUGAUCGCCUUCGGAUUGCAAUGGAAGCAGCAGGGGCACUAGCUUAUCUACACUCGGCUGCUUCAAUACCAAUUUUCCACAGAGACGUGAAGUCUUCCAAUAUACUCUUGGAUGACAGCUACACAACCAAGAUUUCUGAUUUUGGUGCUUCAAGAUCUCUUUCACUUGACGAAACUCAUGUGGUGACAAUUGUCCAAGGGACAUUUGGUUACUUGGAUCCAGAGUAUUAUCAUACUGGUCAACUAACGGAGAAGAGUGAUGUGUAUAGCUUUGGAGUAAUACUUGUCGAACUUUUGACAAGAAAGAAGCCAAUUUUUGUCAAUGAUUUAGGAGCAAAACAAAGCCUAUCCUAUUAUUUCAUUGAAGGACUUCAGGAAGGGUCUCUUGUACGAAUGCUGGAUUCACAAGUUUUGGAAGAGGCGGACCAGGAAGAGAUUAAUGAAAUUGCCUCACUCACAGAUGCAUGCUUAAGGACCAAAGGAGGGGAGAGACCAACUAUGAAAGAAGUAGAGAUGAGGUUGCAAUUCCUAAGAACAAAAAGGCUGAGAAAAAGACAAUGUUUACAUGAAAAAGAUGGAGAUAUUGAGCCUUUGUUAUGCCCAGAAGCUAAGAACCCACAUAAACAUAUGAAUAUUGACAAUGAUGCCCAUAUAACUCAUCAAGGGAUGUCCGGGUGCUACAGUUUGGAGCAAGAAUUUGCAUCUUCAUUAUUCGGGAUGCCACGCUAACUACAUUUGUGCAAGAUAACCACCAAGCGCUUGCUUUGGUAUUGAACACAUCUGAGAUAGCAUAUCUUAUAGUAAGGGAUCACAUUAUAGUUAAUUAGCUUCCUUUAGAUCAGACUAUAUCACCUAGAUACAUUUUAUGUGUAUGAUCGAUGUAUCGUAUACCACGUGUCUUGUGUAGAUGCAUAUAAGUACAACAUGAGUCACUGUAUUAGAGACCUGGUUGAAUAAGAACACAGUGGUGGUUGCCAACGAGUCCAAUAAUAAUUUGAUGUCAAUUGCAAA